AAAGCCCUAAGAUUCGCCAUGGAAUCCGCAUCGAAGAUCGCGUCCUCCCGCCCCGGCGACGAUGUGCCAAUGAUCUCCGACGACGACGACUACGAAGUGGACUAUGAGGCUGUGACCGCAAGGACGAAAGCCGCCUUGGAAAAGGCCCUUUUCGCCCGCCUCGCCACCGAGCGGCCCGGCGCGGACAUCCAACCGCACAAGCGUGUCCGGCCGGCCUUCAUCAGGUACGUUCCAGCGCCGGAGUCCACGGCGUCCAACUCGGGCGCGGCGGAGAGGAUCAUCAGGUUAUCGGAGAUCUCAACCGACCCGUUGGAUCCGCCCAUGAUAAAGUUCAGACGGCUGCCCCGGCCGUCCCGGCCGCCGCCGGUGCCGGUACGGAGUUCGCCGCCUCGGGCGCCCUCGCAGAGGGACCAAGCCGACUGGAAGAUCCCGCCGUGCGUCUCCGACUGGAAGAACCCCAAGGGGUACUCGAUCCCGCUCGACAAGCGGCAGUUGGCGACGUCGGAUGGCCGGGGGACGCGGGGCGAUCAGAUAGCGAGCAACUUCGCCAUGCUCGCGGAGGCGCUGUACGUCGCGGAGAAGAAGGCCAGGGAGGCCGUCUUGAUGCGGAAGAAGAUGCAGCAGGAGCUGCAGAUGAAGGAGAAGGAGCGGCGGGAGAAGCAGCUGCGACGGCUCGCCAAGGUGGCGCGCGCCACGAACAGAGCCGACGCUGAAUCUUCUCCGGCGGCCCCUGUCCGGGAGGAGCCGCGCGGCCUGCAGCCCAAAGCAAAGCAAGGCGGCUCUGACAUGCACGGCAAUGCCGACAGGCAGCGGCUUGCCAAGACGGGCAGGUCCAAACCAGACAAGGGUCUCUCCGGCGGAGCACCGAAGAUCAGGGCUGGUGUCAAGAGGGAGAGGCCGGUCGGGCAUGACGAGCCGGAGAAGGGCGGCGACCCCUUCGGCCUCGACCAGUUUAUGUCUCAGUUUGCCUGUCUAGGCAUGGAUGAUUUCAAUCUGGACGAACUGCUAGGAUCGAUGCUACACAUCUCAUAGUAUGAUCAGGAUUCGACCCGCAUGUGUUGCUGGUAAUGUCGGUGAUUCAUCUAAUUUAUGCUAGAUUGUUAUUGUUUCAGUUUGGGUUCGUGUUUCAUAUGUACUCCCUACGUUCCUAAAUAAUUGUCUUUCUAGACAUUUCAAAUAAACUACAAUAUACGGAGGUAUGUAGACAUA